CUAGCUUAUCCCUGUUCAUACGGUCAUACCUGAGCUUGGGCUGUCUGCCGUACAAUGUCUUCUUCCUCCUCCAUCCCAACCUUUCCGCCGCAAGAGGGCGAUGCCGAAACCAACGAGGAGCUCUACGGGCAGUUCACCGAGCUGGUGUCCUCCUGGCCGUGCUCCCGAGGCCUCUCCAGGGCGAACCAGCUCUACCGCCACGAGAAGGGAUGGUACAGCACCCUGCCUCCGAUGGUCGGCGCGAUGGUCGCCGACGCACGCUUCGCCGCGCGCCCCUCGGACAUCGUCGUCGCCACCAUGCCCAAGUCCGGCACGACGUGGAUGAAGGCGCUCCUCUACUCCACGGUCAACCGGAAGGAGCACCCCCCGGGCGGCCCCGGCCACCCGUUCAACUCCCUCGGCCCGCACGAGUGCAUCCGCCACCUGGAGUACCAGCUCUACACGCGCAACAGGGUCCCGGACCUCGACGGGCUCCCAGACCCGAGGCUCCUCGCCACGCACGUCCCGCUCGCGUCGCUGCCGAGGUCCGUCGCCGCGUCGGCGUGCAGGAUCGUGUACGUGUGCCGCGACCCCAAGGACACCCUGGUCUCGACGUGGACCUUCGUGAACAAGUUCAGGGCCGAGGACGGGCUGGAGCCGAUCUCGGUCGAGACCGCCGCCGACUACUUCUGCGACGGCGUGUCGGCGUCCGGGCCGUACUGGGACCACGCCCUCGGGUACUGGCGCGCGCACCUGGCGAACCCCGAGCGGGUGCUCUUCUUCAGGUACGAGGAGAUGAGUCGGGACCCUGCAGCCCACGUCCGGAGGCUGGCGGAGUUUGUCGGACGCCCGUUCAGCGCGGAGGAGGAGGAAGAUGGCGCGGUGGACGCCGUCGUCAAGCUGUGCUCGUUCGAGCACAUGACCGGGCUCGAAGCGACCAAGAGCGGCAAGACGGAGCUUGUGUUGGGCGCUGUGGAGAACAGCUCGUUCUUCCGGCGCGGCCUGGUCGGGGACUGGGAGAACUAUCUGUCGCCGGAGACAGCACGAAAGAUCGACGCCAUUACCGAGGCUAAGUUCAGGGGUUUCGGUCUCUCUGUCUAGCUAGCAUUCGGUAUCCGCGUGUCAUUCAAUAUUCGCAUACGUGUGCCGCUAGUAUAUGUCAACAAGGGAGCGGCAUAUUGUGUUGAUAUUUUUAUUUGUGGAUUGAAAUUGUGCCCGCAAGUUUGGAAUUA